UUGGUUCAUGUUUACCACUUUUCUUUCAAUUCAAUUUUGUUUUGAUUGAUAAAAUUAAUUUGUUUCUUUUAAUUUAUUAAUAUUUUAAACUUUGGAUGGUUAAUCUACAUAUAGUUUCAGUGAUUGGUUCUAAUUGUGAAAGUGAUUAAAAUGUCAUCUCUAAAAAAGAGGAAGAAUGAGGAUCAACCGAAUGAUCUUCUUCAAUUUUCAAAUAAUCCAAAUUCAAUGUUUGAUCCUGAUGAAAUAACAGCUAAUUCAUCAACCACCAACAGUGCAAGCACUUCAUCUGCUAAUAUGAUUCCUUUCAGUGUGUCAACUGGUGUUAUGGACAGUGGUAUCUUUGGAAGUGAAGAGCCUGCUAAUUAUUCUGAUUCCAUCGGUCUUGAGAGUAGUAGAGAUAAUCGUGAUGACGAUGAUGAUGAUGAUGAUGAACACUAUGAUUUGGCCAAAAUGAAGCAAAGUGAUUCUAUUAAACAUUUUAUCAACGAGGUUGUUGAUAAAAAUCAUGAUCCAUUAGCGGGUACAAAAGUUCCGAAAGUCGCGGAUCGAGAAGAUGAAUAUAGAGCAAGGUAUCGCAAAAUAAUGAUCUCUCCCCCUCGAAUUGAUCCUUUUGAAGAAGGUGGUAAAACUCCGGAUCCUAAUUCAAGAUCGUAUCAAGUUAUUAUGCGGGAACAAGUCUCAAAAGUCGAUGGUAGUAUUCAACAGCCGAUACCAAACAAAAGACGUCGAUGGGAUCAACCAGCGACCAUUGAAGAGCCACCGGAAAAGAAGCCAAUGAGUUUUUUUGAAGCUUCAACACCGGCGCCUUCGAGUAGGUGGGAUCCAACUCCGAGUCAUAUUACUCCGGGUCAUGAAACACCAGGCCAUGAAACUCCGUCAGUUGGAACAUCGCGGCGAAAUCGGUGGGAUGAGACACCGAAAAGCGAGACACCAAGUGCAUCUUGCAAAAGAUCACGUUGGGAUGAGACACCCGCUAUCACAUGUGAAACUCCAUCAACACCCAUGAUGACACCUUCAACUCCUUUCACUCCCAGUGGUGCUACUCCUGUUGGGAUGAGAGCGAUGGAAAUGAAAACUCCAUUCAUGACACCAGAGCAAAUUCAAGUAUUCAAAUGGGAGCGAGAAAUAGACGAGAGAAAUCAACCCAUCUCAGAUGAAGAGCUGGAACUUUUAUUCCCACCAGGAUAUAAAGUUUUACUUCCACCUUCAAGUUAUCAACCAAUUAGAACACCAGCUCGUAAAUUGACCGCUACUCCAACCCCGAUGUCAUCGGAUGGAUUUUUCUUCCAGAAAGACGAAGCAAAACAGAGCAAAAUUAUGGAAUUAGAACCAAAAGGACAGAAUUUACCUCCAUUAAAACCUGAAGAUAUUCAAUAUUUUGAUAAAUUACUAAAUGAAGUUAAUGAAGAUUCAUUAAGUCUUGAUGAACAAAAGGAACGCAAAAUAAUGAAAUUAUUGCUCAAGAUUAAAAAUGGAACACCUCCUAUGAGAAAAUCAGCUUUAAGACAAAUAACCGAUAAAGCUCGUGAAUUUGGAGCUGGAUCUUUAUUCAAUCAAAUUUUACCUCUUCUCAUGUCUCCGACCCUGGAAGAUCAAGAAAGACAUUUACUGGUCAAAGUUAUCGACCGAAUCCUUUACAAAUUGGACGAUUUGGUUCGUCCUUAUGUUCAUAAAAUCCUCGUAGUGAUUGAACCUCUUCUGAUAGACGAAGAUUAUUACGCUCGUGUUGAAGGCCGUGAAAUAAUUUCCAAUCUGGCCAAAGCCGCUGGACUGGCGACAAUGAUCUCAACAAUGAGGCCUGAUAUCGAUAAUGUUGAUGAAUAUGUACGAAACACAACAGCUCGAGCAUUCGCUGUGGUCGCUUCUGCUCUUGGAAUUCCAUCCUUAUUACCUUUCCUCAAAGCCGUUUGUAAGAGUAAAAAAUCGUGGCAAGCUCGUCACACGGGAAUCAAGAUUGUCCAACAAAUCGCAAUUCUCAUGGGAUGUGCUAUUCUCCCUCAUUUGAAAAGUUUAGUCGAAAUCAUUGAACAUGGAUUAGUUGAUGAACAGCAAAAAGUACGAACCAUAACCGCUUUAGCUUUAGCCGCUUUAGCAGAAGCAGCAACACCUUAUGGUAUCGAAUCAUUUGAUUCCGUUCUGAAACCUCUUUGGAAAGGUAUUCGUACUCAUCGUGGUAAAGGUUUAGCCGCUUUUCUUAAAGCUAUCGGUUAUUUGAUUCCUCUUAUGGAUCCUGAAUAUGCCAAUUAUUACACAAGGGAAGUCAUGUUGAUUCUUAUUCGAGAAUUUCAAUCUCCCGAUGAAGAGAUGAAAAAGAUUGUUUUGAAAGUAGUUAAACAAUGUUGUGCCACCGAUGGUGUUGAACCUCAAUACAUCAAGACUGAAGUUUUACCCAGUUUCUUUAAGCAUUUCUGGAAUCACCGAAUGGCUCUUGAUCGUCGUAAUUACAAACAACUAGUUGACACAACAGUGGAAAUAGCAAACAAAGUUGACUCUUCAGAAAUAAUUAAACGAAUUGUGGACGAUUUAAAAGACGAAAAUGAAGCUUAUCGUAAAAUGGUCAUGGAAACAAUAGAGAAAAUUAUGGCCGCUCAAGGAGCAGCUCAAAUUGAUUCUAAAUUGGAGGAACAGUUGAUUGAUGGUAUUCUUUAUGCCUUCCAAGAACAGACAACUGAAGAUAUGAUUAUGCUCAACGGUUUUGGUACAAUUGUCAACGCUCUUGGUAAAAGAGUCAAACCUUAUCUUCCUCAAAUUUGUGGUACCAUUUUGUGGAGGUUGAACAAUAAAUCAGCUAAAGUUCGUCAACAAGCCGCUGAUCUUAUUGCCAAAAUUGCCGUUGUUAUGAAGACUUGUGCUGAAGAAAAGCUCAUGAAUCAUCUAGGUGUCGUUCUUUAUGAAUAUUUGGGUGAAGAAUAUCCCGAAGUACUUGGUAGUAUUCUUGGUGCUCUCAAAGCUAUAGUUAAUGUUAUCGGUAUGCAUAAAAUGACUCCACCAAUUAAAGAUUUAUUACCUCGAUUAACACCGAUCUUGAAAAAUCGGCAUGAAAAAGUACAAGAAAAUUGUAUCGAUUUGGUUGGACGAAUUGCUGACCGAGGAGCGGAAUAUGUCUCAGCUCGAGAAUGGAUGAGAAUUUGUUUUGAACUGUUAGAACUUUUGAAAGCUCAUAAAAAGGCCAUUCGUCGAGCUACCGUUAAUACUUUUGGUUAUAUCGCUAAAGCCAUUGGUCCACACGACGUUUUAGCAACUCUUUUGAACAAUCUAAGAGUCCAAGAGAGACAAAAUCGAGUCUGUACAACAGUGGCUAUCGCUAUUGUCGCUGAAACUUGUGCACCUUUCACCGUUUUGCCCGCCUUGAUGAACGAAUAUCGAAUACCCGAGUUAAAUGUUCAAAAUGGUGUUCUAAAAUCAUUAUCUUUCCUUUUCGAGUACAUCGGUGAGAUGGGUAAAGACUAUAUUUAUGCAGUGACCCCUCUCCUGGAAGAUGCGCUCAUGGAUCGUGACCUUGUCCACCGACAAACUGCUUGUUCAGUCGUUCAACACAUGGCCCUUGGUGUUUAUGGGUUUGGUUGUGAAGAUGCACUUACACAUUUACUCAAUUACGUUUGGCCCAAUAUUUUUGAAACUUCACCUCAUCUUGUUCAAGCUUUCAUGGGAGCCGUUGAAGGUAUUCGAGUGUCACUUGGACCAAUUAAAAUGUUACAAUAUGUACUUCAAGGUCUUUUCCAUCCUGCUCGAAAAGUUCGCGAUGUUUAUUGGAAAGUUUAUAAUACCCUUUACAUUGGAGCUCAAGAUGCUCUUGUUGCCGCUUAUCCAAAAAUUCCCAACGACGAGAAAAACGUUUACGGUCGACAUGAAUUAGAUUAUAUAUUGUAAUCUAUUAAACAACAAUAACAGAAUCAAAUUCCAUCUCUAAAUCUAAUCAUGAAAACAAUCACGAAGAAAAAAAAAAUUACAUUUGUAUCAUUGGCUAUUCUUAAGAGAAAAAAAAAUCUAUAAAUAGACUAAUAAAAAUUAAACAUCAACAUCAUCCUUUCAAUAACAAAA